AUGAGUGGAUAAGAUAACAGCUACGGUGGCAACAGAGACAUUAAAAAACUUCUUGGAAAUCCUAAAAUUACUUUUGUCCUAGGUGGACCUGCAUCUGGAAAAGGUACCCAGUGUGCAAAGUUAGUAGAAGAAUUCGGCUAUACUCAUAUCUCAGUUGGUGACUUGAUGAGAGCUGAAAAGGAUAAGGGUACAAAGGACGGCGAGCGUAUCAGAAAAAUUAUGAACGAAGGUGGAUUGGUGCCUUUUGAACUCACAGUUCAAGUUCUCAUUAACGGUCUCAUCGCAAACCCUUCUAAAAACUAUUUAAUCGAUGGCUUCCCUAGAGCAGUUGAUCAGGCUAUCUACUUUGAGCAAAAUGUGUGCGAAUGCUAAAACGUUCUCUAUUAUGACGUUUCUGAAGAAGUACUACUACAAAGAUGUCUAGUUAGAGCAACAAAUGCUGUUGUAUAAAGAGAAGAUGACAACGAGGAAACAUUGAAAAAGAGACUAAGAACCUUCUAAGAUCUAUCUAAACCAGUAGUAGAUUUAUACUCUAAAUUUGGCAAAGUUAGAUUCAUCGAUGCUGGAGAAUCUAUUGAUAAGGUUUAUGAAAAGACAAGAAUGGCAAUGCUACCUCAAAUUUUCUCAAUCAUUGGGCCAAAAUGUUCAGGUAAAACAGCCUUAGGAGGUGCUCUUGCUGAGAGAACAAAUAUGAAUCUUCUUAACUUUUCAUUAUUCGUAAAAGAUAAUGGGCUAAAGCAAAAAGACUGCGAGACUAAGACUCAAGCAUUGAUAAAGCAUUUAGUAAACGAGACUUCACCAAGAAUUCUACUUGAGGACUUCCCUCAAUCAAUUAUACAAGCAAAAUACUUCUUUAAGAACUGUGUCGUCCCUACUUAAGUUUUCUAUCUUAAAUGCUCAAAAGAUACUUGCUAGGAAAGAAUGCUUGAAAUCGGCAAAGAUCACCCAGACUACUUACCAUCAAGUAUCUUAUCUAAAAAAAUCAAAAAGUUCCACGACUCCUCAGCAAAUCUCUUACCAUAUCUUAGAGAUAAUGAGAUUCUAGAAGAGGUUGACUCAGAAUAAACUUAUAACAAUGCGUUCAAAUAAAUUUGCUCAUAUGUUGAACCAUGUGUUAUUCAUGUUAGAUCAAGCAGUGCUGAUAAUGAAUUAAGAAAGAAUUUCGUUGAGAUCUUUCUUGAAGACUUUAAAUUUGUAAACCUUGAUGUUAACUCCCUCAUCAGAGACGAAAAUGAGAGAAAGACUUAAAUUGGUCUUGAGUUUUUGAAUAUGGUUGCUGCUGGCAAGAUUAUUCCAGCUGAAAUGAUUGUAAGAAUGUUGAGAAAAAUCAUCUACUCAGGCGAUGGUAGAAAGCAUUUCUUAUUAUCAAGUUUCCCUGAUAUCAUCGAGCAAGCAAAAGAAUUUGAAAAGUCUUGUGCAAGCAUCACUGCUAUCAUUUAUGCUGCAAAGGAUGAAAGUAAGGUUGAAAUUAAGAACAAUAAUCUUUCUCUGUUCAACAUUGAUGCUCUUUUCCAAAAAGAAUUCAGGCUUAAAAUUUUAAGUGAACCUCAUACUAGAAUAGUCAAUGAAAUUAAAAACUAAAAUGUGCAAUUAACUUUUAUAUAUGGAAAGCCACUCUCAGGAAAAUCAACUGUUGCCUAAAUUUUCGCUAGCAAGCUUGGAUGUAAAGUUGUUGAAUGGGCAACAUUCUAAGAACAAGUAAGGAAAUCUAUGGCUGGAGACGCAGGAGACGAAGGUGAGGUAUAAGAACCCCCUGCUAGCAAGGUUCAAAUUGCUCUCUUUGAUUAUGUCCUCAACCAAAAGGGUGAAGGAAAGAACAAUCAUUUCGUUAUCGACGGACUUCCUCAUUAAAGCGAAUAUGAUAUCUAUUCGGCAUUCUUCAAUUCUCAAUUACCUCAAAAUAUUGUCAUUGUUAACUGCGAAAAAGAAACUAUCCUUAAGAGACACAAAAAGAAGAAUGAGAUUGAAGGAGAUCUUCCUGAAGAACAAGUUGAGGAAUUCAACAAUAAAUAUGCAGCAGAUAGUGAUAGAGUUGACCUUGUUGCUGGAAGAUUCAGCAAUAAUGCUGGUGAAGGAAAGACUGAAGUCCAUAUGGUAAGCUCUGAUGUUUCGGUUGAGACUUUAACUUAAGAACUUCUUGAAAAGUUUGCUCCCAAGGUAAUCCUAGUAAAUCAUGAAAAGAGACUAACUGUUGACACUACAUGUGCAAAUCUAGCAAUUAAAUACAAGUUCCUUUACAUUUCAGUUUAUCAAACUAUCAAGUAGCAUAUUGAGGGUCAUACUAGUUUCGGAAAGAGAUUAUUAGCUACCAAAAAGCCAAAGGAUAUCAGACUUUAAACCUAAGCCAAGGAUGAAUUCCUUGAGAUCGACUAUUCGGCUGUCCACUUUGACCUUGAACUUGUGAUUGAACUCAUCUAACAUACCAUUAAGUCUAUUAGAAGAGGACAAAGAUAUAUUUUGCUCGAAGGAUUCUGUAAUUCAGGCAAGCUCAUCUUUGACGAUGAUAGACUUGAAUUGAGAUAUAUGGACGAACUCUUCCAAAUUGAGAAGAACAUUGGUGAAGUUCAAGCAAUUAUUGGUCUCUAAUUCAACUCUGAAAAGGACUAUAUUGAAGAGUAUGAGAUUCAAUACGAAGAAUUCCCAGAGCCAGAGCCAGUUGUUGUCAAGCCAAAGGGUGAAGGCGAGGAAGAAGAAGCAGAGUAGCCACCAGCUGAAGAAGAGGAAAAGAAAGAGCCAGCCUUCAAAAUUGAAGAUAAAAGAUGGACUAUUACAGACAGAAAGCCAAAGAACCUACCAUAACUCUUUAUGCAAAGUAAAGGAAUCGCUGCAAGACAUGAUGUCAAGACUGCCGAACAAUACAGCUCUUCUUAAUAUGAGGCUAUUUCAAAGUGCUUAGAUGAAUUCUGUUCAAAGGUAAUUGAAGCUAACGAUAGCACUGAGAAAUAUUUAUACUAGCAAGUUAUCUUUAACGAAUGA